AUGAUCCUCGAGCCUUGGACCAAACAACAAAUGAAUAUUGUUCUUCUCGGUGAAACUGGCGUCGGAAAGACGGAACUGGUGAACCUCAUCGCGAACGUAUGUGCCGGUGCUACACUGGAAAACUUCGACGAGAAAAUUGAACUCAGUAAUGAGGCGGGGCACAACGGAGGCAGUCAAACGAUCCAACCUCAUCUUUACAGUAUCACCUGUGUCAAUGGACACAAAGUCAACAUACUCGAUACUCCUGGUUUAGCCGGUGACCGGGGGAUUCAUAAAGACACUGAGCAGAUGGCAGCGAUCGUUCAUGCUAUCACGGAGAAUUUCGACGCUAUCGACGCAAUUGUCAUUCUCGCAUGCGGUCAUGUGCCCCGAUUAGGCCUUUCAACACAUUAUACGAUGAACGCUUUAUCCAACAUGCUCCCUAAAUCUUUGUCUGACAAUGUCGCCUUCAUCUUUACCAUGGUGUCCUCCACCUUGAUGCUUUCUUUCGACACUAAUUGGCUGCCACAGGAGCUGCGAACAACUCAUACAUGUUCGAUUGACAAUUCUUCUAAGCUGUGGUUCAAGUAUCAGAAGAGACUCAGAGAGGAACCCUCCCUUGAGGAGGAUCUCAGGGAGGAAAUGAACGAAAUUUCUCAUCGAUUCGAACGGGCAACGAAGACGCUUUCACAAUUCUUCCAGUACUUGGACAAGCGCAAGGUUCAGCCUACACAACCUGUUCUCGAAUUAUACAACAUUUCAGUGGAUAUUGAAACCCGCAUCUCCAAUACAAUUGCACGUGCAAGCCAAGCGGAGGAUAAGCGUAUGAGACUACAAAAGUUACAGGUGGAAUUCGAGAACCAGGAACGCAUAAAACAAACUAAUCAACACUACCAGAGGAUCAUCAAUAGACCUUACCACGAAAUGGAAGAAACUGGUUCAGAACAUAAUGUUCUCUGCAUUGCAGUUAACUGUUUUAGCAAUUGCGUUGAACGCUGCGCUUUCCCUUUUACAUUGGACCCGGAGGCCCUUGCAAAGUCAUCCGCUGCUUUUGAGGAGGCACCUGGCGUUCCGCCCCUCCAGCGACGCUGCAAAGUCUGCAGUCAUCCAGCUGAAGAUCAUCACCACUAUCGAUCAAAGUGGGUAAAGAAGGUCGCGACGGAAAAUAUGAUUGACAACGAGUCGAAGUGGCGCUAUGAGUCAGCGAAAACCGAAUUGCAAAAGAUAGACAUCAUAACAGAGAUGAUAAAGAAGGAGAUGGCGCAGCUCGAACAAGAAAUUACGGAUUCUAUGAGCGGCGUCACGGAUACUUGUGAAAAGUAUAACAAGCACUCGCUCUCUGGAAACUUCAUGCCGUACGUUUUUUCUGCGAUCGGUCUCCUGAAGCUCCGUGAGCAGCACGAGAUGAACAUGGGCGCAGGUGUCGAGGAAAUGGAUAGGAUAUCCAAAGGUAUCGAUUACUUGGAGAAAAAGAGAAAGGUACUCGAACAGGCUGUGAAGGGCGUGAACAUCCACCCGAGCACUUAA